AUGGCCCACAUGCUGUACACCUAUCUCCGGCGCCGCAGACCAUCAGCAUACGCAGUGGCUGUCUCUGACAAUGCAGCACCGCCCACCUACACCACAUUCGUAGGAAGCACUGAGAGCUCCGUCCUCCAUGAAAAGGCGUUUUCGACAGAGAAGCAGAUGAUCCGCACAUCCACAGACGCCGACUCGGUCUCAAGCAGCAGCAGAAGUAGCUUCUGCGAUGAUUUGCGGCUCAACGGUCAACGCGUCGCGCUGUUCCCACAGUACAGCUGCCAAGAGCAAGUCACUUUGAUGAUCAGAGAAGACAUGCUCCCGAAUCUGCCAGGCUCCUUCACCGUAUUCAAAGACAAUCAGCGCCUCUUUGAAGUCGACCGAGAAAGGCCGUCGGCCACACAUCGGACAAACAUCAUCGAUGCAGAAACCCAGGCCGUCGUGAUGGCGGUGCGUAAGAACUUUGGCACAAUCCCAGUCUCGUUUUCGUUCGAGGACCCCUCCGGCAAGCGUCUGGUCGAUUUGGAAGGCGAGUUCUUCGUGCCGCAUAGUGGUGCCAAGUCGACGGCGCAUAUGAUCAAUGCUGAGACGGGCAAGAAGAUAGACUUGUCCAUGAAAGGGUCCUAUCUGAAUCGACAUGCUGUCAUCAGGGAUGAAAAUGGAGAGGUCUUGGUGAGGAUGAUCAGUAAUAUCUUCGAAGCGCGCAGUAUUGUCGGUCAUCGGAGGACAUACGAGCUGAAAGUGAGAGCUGGCGUUGAUCUGUCGUUGGCUGUGGCAAUGAUCAUUGCCUUGCAUGGUCGGGAGUCGAAAUAA